AUGGCCAACGUUUCUAGCGAUCUCGUCUGGCAGCUCACCCGCAACCAGAACGCCUUUCUGGUCAAGCGCAGCAGCGCUGGAGGUGUUCAAUUCUCCCGCGACCCCUUGAACCCUACCAACUACCACUCCCGCAAGUACGCUGGAUAUGCCAACGAGAAGGCUCUUAGUCUCCAACCCGGUGAGACCGGCGGCGUCGUUUUGAUCGCAAAGAACGCAAGCAACACCCAGAACCCUGCCAAGAACAUCCGCACUACUUCAUACGGCCCUAACACAUCGAAUCGCAAGAUCUACAAGAGUGUCGCCAGCAGCACCGCAAAGAACGGGUACCGUGCUGAUUUGCGCGAAGCCGCCGUUGCUCGUGUCAGCGCCAUCCGCCGCUCCCAGAAGCCCAAGAAAGAGACUCCUGCGCCUAAGCUCCGAGGUGCUAAGGCUAAGAAGGCUGCCGAGUCCGAGUAA